AUGUCGUCUGCAACCGAGCGGGCAGAAAGCUCGCAAGAAAGCACAGAAGGAGAGAAGCUGGAAGACAAUGUUGAUGGCAUGUUUGCUCCCAUCACUGCCCGAACCUCCUCUUAUGAAGAGCGGCUGCGCAGACACCACUCUGCUUCAUCACACCCCCUCGAACGCAACUGGAGCCUGAACGACGGCUAUAGCAUUCAGGUUGCCGAUGAAGAAGCUGUUGCGGAGAGGGUCCUGAGCAACAAAGAUGAGGAAGCUUCUGAUGCCUCAGAAGGCUUUGUUGUCGGUUGGGAUGACAAUGACCCCAUGAACCCGCGCAAUUUCAACACGGUCAGGCGCUGGCUCAUCGUGAUCAUAUGCUCAGCAGGCUCCCUAUGCGUGACUUGCACUUCUUCGAUGUACACUGUCACCUAUGACCAGAUCAUGGAAGAAUUUGGUUGUUCUCGGGAGAUAGCGACCUUGGGUCUAUCCUUCUUUAUCUGGGGUCUUGCUGUCGGGCCACUAUUGUUAGGGCCUCUUUCGGAGUUUUAUGGUCGAAGACGGAUCUACAUUUGCUCGUUCACACUCUUCCUUGUAUGGCUGAUACCAUGUGCCGUGGCCAAAAAUAUUCAGACGAUGAUUGUAUGCCGCUUUCUCAAUGGAAUUGCUGGAAGCGCAUUUCUCAGUGUAGCGGGCGGCACGGUGGGUGACCUGUUUGCCCGGCAUGAGUUAAGCGCACCGAUGAUGCUAUACACUAGUUCUCCGUUCAUCGGUCCUGAGGUUGGCCCAUUGGUUGGCGGGUUUAUCAAUCAGUUCACAACUUGGAGGUGGACUUUUUAUGUGCUUCUCAUCUGGACCGGGGUUUUAUUAGUCCUCAUCGGCUUUUUUGUUCCGGAGACUUACCAUCCAGUGCUUCUGAGACGUAAGGCACAGCAGCUCCGCAAGGAAACCGGUGAUGAUAGAUGGAUAGCGCCUAUAGAGAUGCUGAAUCGUUCGGUUGCGCAGACUGUCUUGCGGUCGAUCUAUAGGCCGUUGUUGCUUUUGACGCUAGAGCCGAUGUGCCUAAACCUGUGCAUCUUCUCUGCCAUCCUGCUGGGCAUACUCUAUCUGUUCUUCGGUGCGUUUCAGUUGGUAUUCGAGAGCGUAUAUGGCUUCGAGCUAUGGCAACGUGGUCUUUGCUUCCUAGGCCUGUUCGUCGGGAUGCUCUUCGCCAUAUUCUCGGAUCCUUUCUGGCGUCGCAACUAUACACGCCUGGAAUUGAAACAUCAAGAAGCUGUGGGAAGGUCUGAUGAUUUCCAACCAGAGUGGCGGCUUCCGCCAGCUAUUGCUGGAGGUCCACUUGUUACCAUCGGGCUGUUCAUCUUCGCUUGGACUAUUUACCCUCAGGUACACUGGAUCGCCCCUCUCAUUGGAAGUGCGUUAUUCGGAGCUGGGACGAUUCUUGUGUACUCGGGGAUCUUCACAUUCUUGGUUGAUGCGUAUCCAACCUAUGCAGCAAGCGCUUUAGCGGCAAACAGCUUUGCUCGCUCCAUAUUUGGUGGAGUGUUUCCACUUUUCGGCAUACAGAUGUACAACAACCUGGGUUAUCACUGGGCAACCUCGCUACUUGCUUUUCUGACACUUGUCAUGGCGCCGUUUCCGUAA